AUGGUUGAAGAAGAAAACCAGUGGGAAGAGUAUAACGGCACUUUGGAAAAAGACAGUUUUGAUACACUUCAAAAAAAAUACGUGACAAAGCCUUAUUCCACUACCAAAGAUGUUGUUUCGCAGAAGAAACCUUACAUGGUCGAUAAUAUAAAACAGUGGGAAGCAAACAAUAACAUUUUAGAAGAACACGUAUCAGAAAUUGAAGAAAUGGAGGAAAUCUUUAGGGAUAUUGAUAUUGUCAGAAAUUUUACAACUAUACUUGAUGAAAUAAUGGACCUGAAAGAGGAGAUAUUAACAGAAUCACAAAUCAAAUUAAAUGCAACUGACAACAUUUUAUUUUCAUUAGAUAACAUUCUACGUAGUUAUAAAAAACAUUUUUAUUCACGCCACAUAUUUUCGCAAACAGCUAAUAAAACUAGUGGCAUUUUAGGCUGGUCUUUGUCUGAAAAUAGAACCUUAUUGCCAUUAAUGGAAAACAAUUCAACUCUACAACAUAUUACUGAAAGUAACGCUACAGCCAGUGCUCUUUUGUCAAAUUCUGACAAUCAAAAUUGUGAUCUUGUAUAUUCAUUUAUGGAUACUCAUACAUUGUUUAACGAAGACUCAGGCAUAUCGAAGUCGAUUUCCAAUAACAUCCCAAUUAUUAUUAGAGAUUGCCCCAACGAAGAAAGCAACAUUAAUGUCACUAUUAUAGUCAAAUUAGAUCGGGAGUAUAAUAAUUUUGGUUGCAUGCAUUGGGAAUAUGGCCUGAAUAGUUCCUCGAAAAUUGCCUCCAAAGGAUUUUGGAAAUAUAAUUCGUUUCCAGACUUACAGUAUCGUCGUUACAUAAUUUGUAAGUACAAUCACUUGACACAUUUUGGUAUGUUAAUUAGCGAUAUUGAAGAUAACCGUGCCUUAAGUAUAAUAACAACUUUGGGAUCUUCGUUUUCAUUUGUUGGAGCACUCAUUCUCUUUGCAGAUAUGUACAUAAAACGAAUCAGAUUAACGAAAGCGAAUAUAAUGUUUAUUAAUUUUGUUAUUGUAAUAGUAGUUAUUCCAAUAUUUAUGUACGGGGCCGAUUUACUCAAUAAGGAAAGUACAGAAGUUUAUUGUAAAAUGGCCGGAGUAUUUUUACAUUAUUUGGUUCUUACUCAAUUUACAUUUUCUUCCAUAAUAGCGUAUUUUCACUACCUGCGUUUUGUAGUAAUAUUUAGAAAUGUUGAGGAUGUUGCAAUAAAAUGUACGAUAAUUGCUCUGACUGUGCCAGUAAUUCCUGUUUCCAUUUUUGCACUCAUUUCAUUGGACAACCAUAAAAAUGAAGAAUUAUGUUUUCUGUCCGGAUUUAAUAAAAAAGUUGGUGUUGUUAUUCCAAUACUUAUGUCUUUAACUUUUAAUAUAUCAUUGUUCUUUGUAAUAUUUAGAAGCCUAAAGAAAUCUUAUUUAAAAGGACAACCAGGACGAAAAAACACCUACAUAUAUAAAUGGGGGUAUUCUUUUACUUUAAUUUCAUGUGUAGGUUGGAUUUUUGGUAUGUUAGUUACUCUUGAUGGUGGAAUUUUUUUCAGUUAUGUUUUUUCGAUUUUGUCGUCCCUACAAGGCUUUUUAUUAACACUUAGUUUUAUAAGAAACGAAGCCCAAAAAUUCGUUAAAAAAAAUACUUCAGUUUCA